AUGGAUAUCAAAUCAUCUAAGAGACAUCGAAAUCGUAUAUUGGGAACAUGCCGCACAGUUAAAAUAUCUCUUAGAAGUUUGUUCAUUCCUGAUAUAUAUGAUCUAUGUUUAGCAGCAUUUAUCACAUUUAUUACAUUUAGCAUUUGGAUAGUUACAUCAAAACGAUAUAAAUUCGAUUCAAUUUAUACAUUUUGGGAUGCACCAAACUCACUCGUAUGGAUUCAAGGCAAUCUAGAUGAAUCAGAUGAUUUAUUUUCAAUCUAUUACGAAACAUCUGCAAAAGAUAUUAUCUUUCCGCAUUGCGGUUAUUAUUUAUACAUGUAUUUAAUGUACAUUAUCUCAUUUGGAAACUUCAAACUCACAUUAUUAAAUUCAAUUAUUAUAUCUGGCAUACUUUCAGUAUAUUUAUUUAGAAGACUUUUAGUAGUUUACAAACCUGUUAAGAAUAUCCUAUUCUCAUGCAUUAUAUUCUGUCUUGUUCCUUUACAUCAAGUUAUGUAUCGCGCUGUUCCAACAUACGACACGUUUUUCUUCUGCGUUAUCAUGCUUGCACUCAUACUUUCUAAGCUAGGAUUACAUAUUUUGGCCGCAGCUUGCUCAGUUUAUCUUUGUUUCAUAAGGUUUGAAGGAAUCAUUGUUCCAAUCACAUUAUUCAUUGUUUCAGCCAUACGCUUAGAUGUUAAGGAUUUAAUUACAUAUUUAAUUUCAAUUUUAUUUGAUUUCUUUUUCUUGAUAUUUAAUGUUCCAUGGAAAUCAUACUUAAUUCCCAACCAACUUCAUUCUGAAUCUUUCAUUUCAGUGCCAUUGAACGCCACAUUACAACAAAUUAGCUCAAUCAGUACUUUGAUGAAAGGAAAUUCUUAUUUGAUAUCACAUUGCAUUUUCUUGUUAGGUGCAGGAUCACUUGUAACAAAUGCUCUUCCUCUUUCAAUAUUUUGCUAUUUGUGGGAAUUCUUUUAUUCCUGCCUAACAAAUUCAGAACCGAUACGCUUCACAAUACCUAUGGAAACAAUCGCUAUCGUCUGUGGCUUUGACAUGCUUUGGAAUUCGAAAGGUUCGAGAUUUAUGCUGGUUAUUAUGUGUCCAGCAUAUAUGUUCUUGAUAUUAUUCUUUUGUCCACAGCAGUAUCAAGCUUAUCAGCAAUCCAAACAGAUCUGGAAUGCUUUUAGAUGA